AUGCCGCUGUCGAAUCGCCGUCGCGCGCGGCGCAAGGAAAUCCAACUGCAGGAAACGUCGGAUGUCGAGGCGCCGGACUCAUCGCCUAGUCGGCCAUCUAACAAGAAGCGCAAGAUUGACCGCCGCACCGAGAAACCUGUCAAAACCGAGUCCGGCGAUGAAGCCGAGGAAUCAGCGGGCGAGCAUGACCCCUCGACUAACCAGGACCUGGUCGAUUUGGUGAUUUCGUACCUCAAUACCGCCCGUGAAGAGCUGCGCGUCACACGCGACCACUCCAACUCCAAGACCGAGAAUAAGCAGAGCAUCCAGGCCUAUGCGAAGAUUGCGGGUCGUAAUUGGACGUACUACGUCAAGACGCUGCAUGUCAAUAUUGGCCGUGAGCCCGACCGCGAGCAGAGAUCCAAUGAACAGUCUAGUCCAGUCACGAUUGCUGCUCGCGCGCUGCCGGAUGUCCAUGUUGAUCUGGGCCCAAGCAAGUUCGUCUCCCGUCUGCAUGCGGAGAUCUUUUACGAUGGCGAAGAGACACCCGCCUGGCAUAUUCGAGUGAACGGCCGCAACGGCGUGCGCUUGAACAAUUCGAUCGUCAAGCGCGGCUCCGACGCCAUCCUCUCCUGCGGCGACAUUAUCGAAGUCGCCAACACACAAAUGAUGUUUGUUACUCCCGGAGAUGAUGCUCACAUCCACCCGAGCUUCGUGGAGCGCGCUCAACGCAUCGCCAAUGGUGAAGAGCCAGAUCCUGCUUCGAACGCGUGGGACGCUUCUCAACAUGCCCACCCGUCAAACUCGCAGGCAACCGAACCUGCGCGGCCAUCUUCAUCCGGCGGCCCCUCAUUAGCUCCUGCGCCACAAUUCCUCAAGCGCCAGGUGACGCCGCCGCCGCGGUCGCCGGACACCAUUGGCGCGCGCACUGCCAAACAGUCGCCGCUGUACAACCGAGGCAUGAUGAUGGAAAGCACCGAGGAGAUCGACUACAGCAAGGAUGGAGCCAAAGACCUGAAGCCGCCAUAUAGCUACGCUACGUUGAUUGCGCAGGCUAUCUUCUCCAGUGAGGAAGAGAAGCUCACGCUGAACAAUAUCUAUAACUGGAUCAUGGAGCGAUACGCCUUCUAUCGGCAUUCGCAGAGCGGCUGGCAGAACUCCAUUCGGCACAAUUUGUCUCUCAACAAGGCGUUCCAGAAAGUCCCGAGGCGGACAGACGAGCCUGGCAAGGGCAUGAAGUGGAUGAUUGCCGCGGAGUACCGCGAGGAGUACCGGAAAAAGCAGAUGCGCAAGGGCACGCAGUCUUCUGCCCCGUCAUCACCUGCUACCAAGGAGCCUCCUUCGUCGGCGCGUGGCACUCAUGUCACAAGCUUGGACACCUCGUUCUCAGCUACAGCCAAGAAAUCUCCACCGGUGUCGUCGCCUGGAUUCAGCUCGUUCCCGGUUGCUCCCGUGGAAGCCUAUACGCCCGAGCGUGGCUCGCGGCUCGGCCGUGGUGUUGGCUCUGAUCAUCCUCUGCGGCAUAUGAACCCGCGAGACCACGAAGAGCCGUCGCCGCUCCCAGCUCGUGUCCACAGCAACGCUACCAGCGGCUCCAACGUGCCGAGCAGCAGCAAUGCCAACGCCACCCGCGGGUACGGUCUAUCAGACAAUGUCGCCGGGUCCCCACCAGUGCUGUCCUCGUCAUACUACGACGAAGGACCCUCAUCAAUGAUCACACCCGCACCCCAACGCCAACAACCCCGCCUCCCACCUCCCAGCACAGCACAGAUUCCAUCCAAAUUCAUGCCGAUGAGCUCCCCGGCUCAGUUCUGGAAAUUCGCAGACAUCGGCAGCACGCCUGCCCGCCCUGUACCGGACAUGAGCCCGCUAAAGGGCGAGCCAGAUGACCGCAUUAUCGCCGGGUUCCCCAGCAGCAGUCCCCCGCCUCCGAACCUGGCUAGUCCCAGUAAGCCGGGUACAUCGAAUGGACUGGGAUCAAGUCGCACUCUGCCGCCGUUGCAGUCCGAGCAUGGGGAAAUAGGUGGUCCCAAUAGAACACAUCAAGAGGAGCACAUGGAAGAAGAAGAUGAGGAUGAUGGUGGUGGUGGAGGUGGAUUCGACUUGGCUCGUGGCUUCCAACCUAUCGGCUCAUACCAUCGCCAAUUGAGCAAUGCCGCCCGCGCCACGGCUACAUAG